UUGUGACGUAGGACGGCUGCCACGCGUCGAAAUUCGGCCACCGAGGAGCCACCGACUCAAUGACUUGGGGAGCGCAGUGAUCUAGUGGGGUCUGCGCCUGGAGCCAUGCGUUCCUUAUACAGAUUAGUCCUUUUCUUUUGCCUGUGCGGCUGUUUUAUUGCUCAGGGACAAAAGAAAGAGGAGAGCACAGAAGAAGUGAAAAUAGAAGUUGUGUAUCGUCCAGAAAACUGCUCGAAGACCAGCAAGAAGGGAGACCUGCUCAAUGCCCAUUACGACGGCUACUUGGCUAAAGAUGGCUCGAAAUUCUACUGCAGCCGGACACAAAAUGAAGGCCACCCCAAAUGGUUUGUUCUUGGUGUUGGACAAGUCAUAAAGGGCCUAGACAUUGCUAUGAUGCAUAUGUGCCCUGGAGAAAAGAGAAAAGUGAUCAUACCUCCUUCGUUUGCAUAUGGAAAGGAAGGUUAUGAAGCCAAGAUUCCACCUGAUGCAACAUUGAUUUUUGAGAUUGAACUUUAUGCUGUGACCAAAGGACCGCGGAGUGUUGAAACAUUUAAACAGAUAGAUGCAGACAAUGACAGGCGACUUUCUAAAACUGAGGUAAGCCAUUACUUGGAAAGAGAAUUUGAAAAAGAUGAGAAGCCACGUGACAAGUCAUAUCAGAAUGCAGUUUUAGAAGAUUUUUUUAAGAAGAAUGACCACGAUGGCAAUGGCUUCAUUUCUCCCAAGGAAUAUAAUGUGUACCAACAUGAUGAACUCUAGCAUAUUUUUAGCUACUUAUUGUACUUUACUUAUGAAACAAUUUACUUUUCUCCAUCUUGUGUUUCCUACUUUUCCCCCAUGAGAAGAUACUUUGUUCCCCCACAGUAUAUGUAAUUUUGGUAUAAUAAAUGUGAGACUGUUUUGCAAAUUUAACUCUCAAGAAAAAA